AUGCAACCUGAUGUAAUCGUAUCCCCUUCAGAAUCUGCUUUAUCAAUAGAGACCUUUGGAGAAGAAAUUGCCAAAUAUUUCGACAAUGCGACCAAAAUAUUAGUAGAGGCACAAACUUUGGGUAACUCUGCGAAUACUAAAGUCACCGAAAUUAAAGAAGAAUCGUCAAUUUUACAACAAAAUAUAUCAAAAUUGAAAUUUUUAUACAACUGCAUUGAAAAACAAUUACAUUUAUUGUUAGAUAUAAUUUUAAAGAAAUAUAUUGGAGGGAAAGUAAUUGAUACGGAAUGGUCAAAAAAUAUUCUAGUUGAUUUGGUCAACCUUAUGAAAUACUGGCAAGAUGAAAUUGAUCAAGAGAUUGAAAAUUUAAGUAAGAUUAAGAAUGUCCUUGUAUCCAAUUCUUCUGAAGAUGAUAAAUAUUUAUGUGAUUAUAUAUCUAUCGAUGAUGUGAAUUCAUUGCAAGACAAACUGUUGGAAAUACCAGUUAUUCAAAAGCAUAUUUCAAACAUAAGGAUACAAUAUAAAGGAAUGGUACGAAGAAUAGAUGAGAAGAUAGCUAAUAAAAGUUUAAAGGAAUUGAAAGCUAUUUUAGAAGAUAAAUUUGAACAAAAUAAUAACAAUGAUAUGUUACUACUGAAUGAAACAUAUCCUGAACAAUUAAUACAGUUAGAGAUGGAUCUUAUAAAUUUUUUGGGCUCAUUAACCGCUCAUUUCGAUAAAUGCCAAUUAUUAAAGGGAUACCUGGAAAAUAAAGGGUCCGAUAAUUCCCUCGAUUACACAGGAUUCAAUAAUUUGCUAGAAAUUGUGAGAAAUGACGAUAAAGAAUUAAAUUCAAUUUUUGCAUCAUUAUGUGAUAUUAUUGAUGAUAUUGAUAAGUGUCUUCCCGAGUAUAAGCAUUUAAUCGAAAGUAAAACUGUAGACCAACAUGAUUUGCAUAUCAAGAUGAAUAAAGUUAUAUCCAGUUUAUCAAAAAAUUAUGAAUAUCUUUCUAUAUUUAAGGAUAUUAUGAAUCUUAUCGACUUAUAUAAAGAUAGUUGCCUAAAAGAAAUAAAAACAGUCAGUGAAUUGAGAGAUUUCUAUGCCAGUUUUGAAAAUAGUUAUAAAUCAUUAUUACAAGAAGUGGAAAGGAGAAAAACAUAUUCUAAGGAAAUGGAACAAAUAAUAAACGAUUGUAAAACAAAAUUAGAAACAUUAAAUGAUCGCGAUCAAAUGGAAAGAAGAGAUUUUUUAGAGAAGCAUGGAAAUUUCCUUCCAGAGAAUAUAUGGCCAAAUGAAAUUGAAGAACUAACCCCAUUAUACACGCUUGACUACAGUAUAAAACAUUUAUAA